AUGGCACAGGUGACCCAGGAAGAGUUCUCGUGGCUGUUGGGGCGAGAAAAGUCCGCAUACGAGCUGCUGGGCGUUGAGGCCGCUGUGGACGGCACCUCGUUGCGUCGCGCGUACCGCAGACGGGCCCUUGUGCUUCAUCCGGACAAAAACCAGUCCCCCUCUGCAGAGGACGAGUUCCGCGAGAUACUGGUGAGCUACCGCGUGCUGGGCGACCCAGCGUGGCGCGCGCAGUACGACGAGCAUCUCGCGCGCGAAUUGGAGCGCCGUGCACACGCCACGGCCCAAACACAGCGUCAACAGUCGUUAAAGGAACAGCUACUUAGCGACGAGUCUAAAUACAAACAACACCUGUACACCGCCAAGUCUCGGCAGAGCAGAGUGGAGGCACUCAAGCAGCACACGGAGCAGCUGCGGCUCGAGAAGGUGCGCCGGCUGGGCGCGCAGGCGGCCGGGAUGUCGCAGGACAGAACCAACCGGGCCGUGUUCCCGUGCAAAUUAAAAGUGCGGUGGAGAAACAAGCCGCAGAUGGGCGACUUGAUGUCGGUGGAGGUGGUGGCCCAGCUGAUGGGGGUGUUUGGGCCCGUGGAGCACGUGGAGAUGGGAGGUGGGGGCGAGGCUCUGGUGACGUUUGUGACGUGGACAGCCGCCGUUCUGGCAGCGAUUCACAACUACGCAGAGCCGUGCGACUUAUGGGACGCCAUGGGACUGAGUCGCGUGGCCGGUCUGCUGAAAAGCGCGCGUCUUGUUGGGUUCGACGAUCACGUGAACGAAGACCACCUGAACAUGGACGAACUGGUUGGACUGAAAAUGUACCGUCUGCACAAACACCGCACACCUGUCUAG